AUGGUCGAGCCUUCUUAUGAACUCGACUUUCUAGAUGACACCAUAAUGUUUGUCACUUCAGACACGUGGACGCUAAUAUUUGAUGGAGCUUCAUCAAAAUAUGGCUAUGGAAUUGAAAUUUUGUUGUUAGAUACUAUGGGAGCAUAUAAUUCCAUCUAUAUUAAGUUAGAAUAUUCUGUAACCAACAAUGAAGCCGAGUAUGAAGCAUGUCUCCUGGGUCUCAAAAUUGCAUAUGAACGAGAAGCAACUAGACUAGACUUAAUUAGCAACUCUAAUUUGGUUAUAUCCCAGGUUAACAAAACCAGACAAGUGCGAGGGGAAAAUCUGAAGCCCUAUCGUACUUGCCUACUCCAAUUCCUCGACAAGUUCGAUCACGUGUCUUUUGUACACGUGCCUAGAAGCCAAAAUCGCUUUUCUGAUUCUUUGGUUACGCUAGCCGCUAUGACCCAAAUCCAUGUUGGAAUAAAGGUCAAAUCUCUGAAAAUCUGGUAG